AUGCAACAUGGAUCUACGACAGUUGAGAUGCCCGACGGAAAUUCCGAUAGGCUGUCCCCAUGGGAAUGGAUCCGGGGCCAGUUUCACAUGAGACCAUCUGAAGAUGAUGAGCCCCAGUCGUGGUGGAUUGCAUCGACGGCCAUUCCGCUAGUUGCCGCUACAACGGGACCACUCGCCAAUGUCAUGUCAAUCGUUGCGCUGGUUAUGCCAUGGCGAAGCAAAAUUCUUCCAAAUCAAUAUAGCGCUGCUGGAACCUCCAUCCAAGAGGGAUAUGCAGAUCCUCAUUGGGACACUGUUUUAAACGCCGUUUCACUUUUCUGCGGAAUCGUGGGAAAUGCAUUUUUACUGUUCAAUUUUACUCAGAUAGUACGCUAUAUUAUAGCUUUGCCCGUGACGAUUAUUUUGUGGUUCAUAGCCGCGGGAAUCCUCUCUGGAAUUACAAUAGCCACACACAUUUAUGCUCCUCCGGUAGGCAUUGAUAGGGUCUACUCGCAGGGUUAUUGGAGUGCUGUCAUCGCGGCAAUCCUCUACUUUAUCUUGAGCGUUAUCUUGAUGAUCAACAUGUUAGGCUAUUUCUUGGGUAAAUACCCGCAACACUUUGCGCUAACCGACGAGCAACGAACCUUGAUUCUACAAAUGACUGCAUUGGUGAUUUGGCUGUUGGUCGGUGCUGCUAUGUUUCAGCGAGUGCUCGGGAUCUCUUUCGGCGAUGCAUUGUACUUCUCCGAUGUCACCGUUCUCACAUUAGGGUAUGGCAACAUAACCGCCACUAAUGCCGUUGGUCGAGGUCUUAUUUGGCCAUUUGCAGUCAUUGGAAUUAUCAUUUUGGGACUGGUGGUGCAAAGCAUCUUUAAAUUUGCUCGCGAGGUUCACUACGACAACGUCGUUCGGAAACACAUUGAACAGAAGCGACAAUCCACUUUCGAGCGAUCAAUCACUUUUGACGAGCUCGCAUCUUCUCAGGAGCGACGCCUGGCUAGUGGAGAAGUCGUCACUCCUCCGGGUCUCACUCGCCAAAAAUUCGAGCCUAAUCGCUAUCUGCAUCAUCGGCCAAUUCGCAACACGAUCAACGCCAUUGCCACGGCUCGCCGACCCAGGAUCCUAAUUAUGCGUGAAGAAAAAGAUCGGUUCAAUGCCAUGCGCCGUAUCCAGCAUGAUACCAUGCGCUUCCGUCGCUGGAACAAUUUGAUCAUCAGUAUCGUUACAUUCGGAAUUGUGUGGUCUUGCGGAGCAGUGGUGUUCUGGAAAUUAGAAGCCAUGACAUACUUUGAAUCACUAUACUUUUGCUUCACCUCCCUGCUAACCAUCGGCUACGGUGAUUUCACACCGGAAUCGACCCCAGGGAAACCUUUCUUUGUGGUAUGGUCUCUAAUCGCCAUCCCAACUAUGACCAUGCUCAUUUCCGAGAUGAGCGAUACAGUUGUAGCCAGCUUCAAGCGCGCUACUGAAGUAUUCGCCGAUUACCUUGUGCUUCCCCAAUCGCGUGUCUACAAGUCAUUCUUCGGUCGGAUUCCCGGCAUUUCCCAGUUCGUACUGUCUCGAGAAGAGAAAAAGCGACAAGAGCGCGGUUUCCCACUUGAGGGGGCUGAUGAAUCCGACAACGCGGAAACAGCGAACGCCGAGGAGUCUGGUCAACCUAAUAUGCAAAGUGAGGACUUCGCCGAGGCUCAUCCACACCGACCACUGGAGGAACUUGUCCGCGAUCCGACCCCACUUGAGCUUGCUCAGCAACUUGCCUUUGCUAUUCGCCGUUGCUCAAAACAGGCACGAGAAGGCAAGAGAAAACGAUACUCCUACGAAGAAUGGGUGGAGUUCACUCGGCUCAUUCAGUUCACGGAUCCGCGAGCUCGGCGACCAUCAUCACAAAGAAACCAGCCAACAAGUGAGGAAGGCAUUGCCGCUGAUGAAGACGAAUAUGGACUUCUCAAUUGGGACUGGAUUGGGGAGAACAGCCCCAUGCUCGCAAAACAGACAGAGCCUGAGUGGGUCCUGGAUCGGUUGUGUGAAAGCUUGAUUCGGUACGUGUCGACUCAAGAGGAGAGUCGGGCUGUGAGAGGUGGUGCCGAUUUGUCGGAGGAGCCAACCCUGAGGAAAGAGAGGGAUAUUGGAAUAGGUGAAUGA